AUGGCAUCCGUUGCAUCUUUCCAGUCUUUAUAUGCAACAAGUCUGAAACAAUCGCCCGUGUCAAGGAGUCAUUCUCUCUCUUCCCGUUAUGCUGUGGCAGCAGCACCCCUGAGGUCAACAGUUUUAUCCAGGACCAAGAGCCAGAAGAACCAAAAGAGAUCUCUGACAGUGGUUGCAGCAGUUGGAGAUGUAUCACCUGAUAGUACGACCUAUCUAAUUGCUGGCGCAGCCGUUGUUGCUCUGGUGGGAACAGCCUUCCCACUCCUCUUCUCCCGCAAGGACAUCUGUCCUGAAUGUGAUGGUGCGGGCUUUGUUCGUCAAUCUGGAGUGGCUUUGAGGGCAAAUGCUGCACGGAAGGACCAGACUCAAAUUGUCUGUGCUCGUUGUCAAUUUUCCCUACAUUCACGAACAGCCUGUAUCAGCAAGAAAACCGCUUAUAUAUUCUCCACCUUAAUGUCUCUGACAAGCCCAGCUGAAAUGAGCUAA